AUGUUACUGACAAAAAUUGUUAAUGCAUUGACAGCCGGCGUGGAGAUCGGAGGACCAAUGGCCUGCUUGUAUCUUCUGAAACACAAAGAUCAUUACACUAACUACACUUUUAAUGUGUGCAUGUGGAAAAGUUUCAUAAAGCAGGUAUGUACCGCUUGGGACGAUGAUAAGCAAACCGGUGAAACAAAGAUAUUCACUGUUCCUGAGCCUCCAAAAAAAGUGAUAUUAACUCAAACUCGAGGCAAGUUUGUAGCGCUGUCUGCAGUAGACAAUUACAUAUAUAAACCUUCAAUCUUCGAAGGAACGUGCCUGUAUGAUUGA